AUGUGGAAUGAGAGGCUGGUUAAUGUUCUGAUAAACAUUCGCUUUGUCCAAUCCAAAUGUGAUUACUCUAUGUUUAUAAAGAAUAAUGAUGGUGUGUUCAUUGUUCUCCUUGUUUAUGUAGACGAUAUAAUUUUAACUGGAAACAAUGAAAAGGAAAUUAACAAUGUUAAAACACUCUUAAAAUCAGAGUUUUUAAUCAAAGACUUGGGUCUGCUAAAAUUCUUUUUAGGAAUCGAAGUUAUAAGAACUCAUGAAGGUAUUGUUUUGUCUCAAAGGAAGUAUUGUAUGGACCUCCUAAAUGAAUUUGGCUUGAGUGGUUGUAAGCCGGUGAGUUGUCCUAUUGAGCCAAAUUACUCUGUCUCAAACUUGUGCAAAAAGGAAGCCUCAAACUUUGUUGAUAUAGGCAAAUAUCAGAAACUUGUUGGGAAGUUGAUCUAUCUAUCCCAUACAAGACCUGAUAUAGCCUACACAGUUCAUUAUCUUUCUCAAUAUAUGCAUAAGCCCACUGCUGCUCACUCUCAAAUUGCCUUUAAGUUAUUAAGGUAUUUGAAGAAUGCUCCUGGCGCUGGUCUUAUGUUCAAACAGAGUGAAAAAUUUGAAUUAUCUGCAUAUGCAGAUUCAGACUGGGCAAAGUGUGUUGACAGUAGAAAAUCUGUCACUGGCUUUGGCAUUUUUUUGGGCAAUUCUUUAAUCUCUUGGAAAAGUAAAAAACAAAGUGUGGUCUCUAGAUCAUCUGCUGAAGCAGAAUACAGAUCUAUGUGUGCUGCACUUUGUGAAAUUAUGUGGCUGAUCAAUGUGUUGCAAGAAUUACAGGUUAAAGUUGAUCUACCGGUUGUUUUGAAAUGCGAUAGCACUGCUGCGUUAUCUAUCGCGGCAAACCCUGUCUUUCAUGACAAAACCAAACACUUUGAGAUCGAUCUCUUCUUCCUUAGAGAAAAGAUAGCUUCGGGAUUGGUUAAAACUGUUGGUGUUAGCUCUGGUGACCAAUUGGCUGAUAUGUUCACAAAAGGGUUACUUCCAGCAGAUCAUAACAAAAUGUGUAAGUCUUUAGGAUUAUCAAAUCCUUUUAGUAUUAAAACUGAGGGAGGUGUUAAAGAUAUUGACGACUUUCAGUUUUAA